UUGGCUGCAAACAGUCCGCCUCUAAUGAGCAGAUUUGAGAGACACCAGUGUAAGAGAGAGAGAGAGAGACAACCAAGCAUAGGGGAGAAUAAGAUGACGACAGAGAAAAAGACAAUCAGCGACACACAAAAAUCAUUCCUACAGCGUGCUGGAGUCAAGGAAGAACUGAAGAAGAGAAAUCAGGUACAAUGAAUCUGGUUUUCACACCGGCAAGCAAACUGGAGUGCAGGAUUUGUAUACAGACCUAAAAGAGAGAGAACGACAAAUGGUGCCCAGAUAAGGAAUUAUUAACAUCAGUUUGUUUGCGAUCAAAUUGUGCACACAGCCUGUCAACGUGCGUAUAAAUCCAUGCGGUUGUGUGUGGAUAGAGACUGCAUUGCUGCUAGCUGACAGACUAAACCUUGCAGAAUUCAUCGCUCUUUUUUUUUUUUUUUUUCUCAUUUCUCCUGCACUGUCUCCCUGUGUGGCAUCAGCAUGUCAGGUGGAUUUGGUACAACACAGAGCAAGCUGCUUGGAAAGGGGAAGUGUUUGUAAAUGCUACCUGAUUGCUUCACCCAUCAGCCGUCACUCUGAGGACUCAGGUUUCUAGGUGGAGCCUGGUGGUCUCAGCGUCUGUUAGGAGAAGUGAAACAGCUCAAAACCCCAGAGAGGGACAGCGGGAGUCAGGGUAGGUGUGUGCUGGCACAGGGGGCCUCUGUGGAGGCAGGAACAAGGAGUGGGCCGAAGCAAGAGAAUUGUUGCUGCAUUGGUAUAGGUAGGACAAGGCGCAUGGCUGGUGUGGGCCCACUUUCAGCACUGAGAAGCAGCCGCAGAAGAGCAACUCGUGAAUAACAAGCUCCACUCUUGGAGGAGGAUGGUCUGAGAGGGCUCAAAGUACUCCUGCCUGGUCUGACAUGAGGGGACUACUGCUUAGGAGGGCACUUAUUUUUUUUCUUUUAACUUUGAAAAAAUAAUUGUUUUUCACCAUCAUUAAAGGGAGUGUUUACACAUCUCUAACACCCCCAGCUUUCCACCAAAUCCCUGGCCUCCUUUUUAAUCCUGAUUUAGUUUCCUUUUCCUUUUCUUUUGAGGUUUGGGGUAUUUGCCAAAACCUAUUUCAUGCAUGUCCACUGGGGGCAGGUUCAACUUUGAUGAUGGGGGAUCAUACUGUGGAGGGUGGGAAGAGGGAAAGGCCCACGGCCAUGGCAUUUGCACAGGACCCAAGGGCCAAGGCGAGUAUGCAGGCUUCUGGAGGCAUGGCUUUGAAGUGGUGGGCGUCUAUACCUGGCCCAGUGGGAACACCUUUCAAGGGACAUGGGCGCAAGGCAAGCGCCAUGGCAUCGGAGUUGAGAACAAGGGCAAGUGGGUUUAUAAGGGUGAGUGGACACAUGGAUUUAAGGGACGCUAUGGUGUGCGGGAGAGCACCGGAACCAGCGGCAAGUAUGAGGGUACGUGGAACAACGGCCUACAGGAUGGAUAUGGAACAGAGACGUACUCUGAUGGAGGUACAUACCAGGGACAAUGGGUGGGUGGUAUGCGGCACGGCUACGGCAUACGGCAGAGUGUUCCGUAUGGCAUGGCGGCCAUCAUCCGUUCACCUCUGCGUACCUCCAUAAACUCUCUACGCUCCGAACACAGUAACGGCACAGCGCUGCUGACUGGCGAUCGGGUGCCUGUAGCUGGCGUGGGAAGUGGAGGGGUCCUGGCAGUGGGCAGCCCAGCCGUGUCCCGUGGAGGCUUUGUGCUGAUGGCCCACAGUGAGGCUGAGCUAUUGAAAAACAAAAAGAAGGGACUGUUUCGCCGCUCACUCCUGAGUGGUCUCAAGUUGCGAAAAUCAGAGUCCAAGAGCUCGUUAGCUAGCCAGCGCAGCAAGCAGAGUUCCUUCCGCAGUGAGGCUGGUAUGAGCACUGUCAGUUCAGCCGCAUCCGACAUCAACUCGACCAUCAGCCUGGGAGAGGGUGAAGGGGAGUUACCGGUGGGUGAUGACGAUGUGGAUGCCACUACCACCGAGAGUUAUGCUGGCGAAUGGAAGAAUGACAAGAGGACUGGCUGCGGGGUGAGCCGCCGUACUGAUGGACUGCAAUACCAGGGAGAGUGGUUGGGCAACAAAAGGCAUGGCUAUGGAUGCACUACCUUUCCUGACGGCACCAAGGAGGAGGGCAAGUACAAACAGAACGUGCUUGUCAGUGGCAAACGCAAGAACCUCAUACCGCUACGUGCUAGCAAGAUCCGCGAGAAAGUGGACAGGGCAGUAGAAACGGCGGACAAGGCAGCUGAUAUUGCAAAGCAGAAGUCAGAAAUUGCACUCUCAAGGACGGCUCAUGCCAGAGGGAAAGCGGAAGCAGCGACUACAGCAGCACAGAAAGCCCAGGAAGAGUGCAGACUGGCCCGAAUAACUGCCAAAGAGUUCUCCCCCUCUUUCCAGCACCGAGGAAACAGACUGGAGUGCCAGCGACCCAAACAGCAGAACUCCAGCGAGAACGACGUGGAGGUGAUCUCCAGUGGAACGGCGGACAGCACCGGACUCUAUAUGAAGGGCUCCACGUCCCCGGACCUAACCCCAGACAUGAGCCCCACCCCAAGCCGACCCUCCACGCCUCCCGGAAGCCCAACCACCAAAGCUUCCCUCCGCACCAAAAACGCCCGCUUCCUGCGACAGAGCGCAGUGGACGAGGAGCGUGGAGGAACCCAAGAGAUCCAGGUGCUGAUGGAGGGAAGAGGUGGUGGGGGUUCGGGUGGAGGUGGAGAGCACCUGAGGGCAAACAGCUGGAGUGAGGACAAGCGCCCCUCACGAGGGGGCAGUAGUAGAGGGGGUAGCCGGGGCAGUAGCCGCUCCACAACACCCUCAGUGCAAGAUGAGGUGCGGGCUGUGGCAGCACGGGCCAAUGGUCACAAGCACUCCUCCAAUCACAAGCCUCGAGACCAGAGUUUGUCCAAUCACAAAGCACCGCGGGACAGGAGGGACGGUCCCUCGGCUUCUUGGACCUCUCAACGGGUACACGGGGACAGUUUGGCACACUCCCGCCUCUUAGAGCAGGAUGAGGAGAAACUAAGCAAUUAUGAAAUGGAGAUGAGGCCGUUGCAGCCAAUGGACUCCCAUAAUUCACAGAAGCCCUAUGGGCACGGGGAGGAGUGGCACAGUCAUGCAGAGUCACGUGGACAUACGCUACAGCGUCGGGGUAAAAAUCGAGACCGGGAGCAGGAUGUCCAGGACGCCUCAGGGGCCAGGGACGCCAGGGAGGGGCCGGCUUCAGACUCAGUGCAAAAGUUGGACAGUCUACGCGUGGGGGAAAAGCUAGAGGCUCGGCCCCUACGUAGGGACCUUACACUCUCACCCCCACAAAAAUCCCCACCUAUUGCACUAGAGCACGACGACGAGAAUAAGUCUCAACUCAAAGUAAACUCGGGCUCCAACUCAAUUCUGGUUGUCAUGGUGAUUUUGCUCAACAUCGGAGUCGCCAUUUUGUUUGUCCAUUUUUUUAUUUAAAAACACUGCAUUGCCUAUCAAUUCCUCUUGUUCUGCUACUUUAUUAUCAAAUCAUUUACCACAACUGAUGAGUCCCAUCCUGUUUUUCUUUUUACUACUUCUAUUGAAGUCACAGCACGUCAAUAUGAGGACUGAGGAAGGCAACACAAAACGGGGCUCAGCGGUUCUGCUUACUUCUCUGUCUCCAAAGAGCUCGUUUUAAUUUAAUUUUAUUUUUUUUAAAUCUGAAAUAUAGUUUAAAUCAUCCUUUUGAACUUCUAGUUUUAACCUAUGUAUUCACUCUCUCAUUAACGCUCUUUUAAAUUGGUAUAGUUGUUUAUUUCUUUUAUUUCAUAUUCCUUACUUGCCUUUUUCUUGACAAUGCUGGUGGCUUUGUUUCUGUUUUCAUUUGGGUUCGGUUUGUAUUUUGGGUGUUGGACACAUAUGAAUGGUGGCUUUGGUGAGGGAGGGUGUGCAAGGUGGCGUAAGGGUGUAAAGGGCAACCACCAUCGACAUCUUAUUGGGUGACGGCAACGUUACACGGUCGUGACAUCAACAGGUUCAAAGUGAUGGGAAACAGCCCGUCUAUCCCCACCCGCCUCCCUCGCGCACCACUCCUAAGCAUUGAUUGUAUUUCUCCAUGUCCUCACUUUUGUUACUCAUUAGAAUCAGACGCCAAGUGCUCCUCUCAUGUCCUAUACACCUUCAUUUCCCCUGUGUGGUACUUUUCCAACUACAGAUGGACCCCAGAAUGUCAUGGUGGACCAGAAAAGCUUCUGCUAAAUGGAAAUUGAAUGUUUUAUAAAUGCUCUCUUUUUACAAGUUAGUUUCAGUCCUCUAAUCUGAUUGGACAAGCGAUGUUCCAGAAGUGCUGAGAAUUACUAGUAGAGUGAAGUACUCAAAUUCACUUGGUAGUACAAAAUGUUGCAAAUGUCAAAAAGCCAUCUGGCCAACAACGUCUUAAAAAGCAUAAGCAUAAGCACAACCACACCAAAGUGGGUUAGUAAAAGUUAAAGUUUGGUUAUCACAGAGGCACAGCACCACCAAUGUGUCAGGAUCUGACCCACAUGCAUUUGGAAAAAAUCCAAGACCCCAAAGUUGUACGAUCUGAAAGGACUUCAUCAUUAAUCUUGCUCUGCAUAGGAAACAUUUUUCUCAGCAGAAUAAAUCAUAACAGCUCGAGUGAUUUAUCUUUUCAUAUACAGGUAUGGCAUGUAUACGAUUAUACUGUACAUUCAAUAAGGCAUAGCUUGGGUCUGAUCUUUUGAAACACUCUCCUUAGUUUGAGCUUUAGGCAGGAGAAUCUCAUGAAACCUACAAUCUACAGUAGAAUAUGCCCAGUUCAUAUCAUAUCAUAUCAUAUAUAUAUAUAUAUAUAUAUAUAUAUAUAUAUAUAUAUAUAUACACACACACACACACUAUAUUGCCAAAAGUAUUUGCUCACCCAUCCAAAUAAUUGAAUUCAGGUGUUCCAAUCACUUCCAUGGCCACAGGUGUAUAAAAUGAAGCACCUAGGCAUGCAGACUGCUUCUACAAACAUUUGUGAAAGAAUGGGCCGCUCUCAGGAGCUCAGUGAAUUCCAGCAUGGUACUGUGAUAGGAUGCCACCUGUGCAACAAGUCCAGUCGUGAAAUUUCCUCGCUACUAAAUAUUCCACAGUCAACUGUCAGUGGUAUUAUAACAAAGUGGAAGCGAUUGGGAAUGACAACAACUCAGCCACGAAGUGGUAGGCCACGUAAAAUGACAGAGCGGGGUCAGCGGAUGCUGAGGCGCAUAGUGCGCAGAGGUCACCAACUUUCUGCAGAGUCAAUCGCUACAGACCUCCAAAGUUCAUGUGGCCUACAGAUUAGCUCAAGAACAGUGCGUAGAGAGCUUCAUGGAAUGGGUUUCCAUGGCCAAGCAGCUGCAUCCAAGCCAUACAUCACCAAGUGCAAUGCAAAGCGUCGGAUGCAGUGGUGUAAAGCACGCCGCCACUGGACUCUAGAGCAGUGGAGACGCGUUCUCUGGAGUGACGAAUCACGCUUCUCCAUCUGGCAAUCUGAUGGACGAGUCUGAGUUUGGCGGUUGCUGGGAGAACGGUACUUGUCUGACUGCAUUGUGCCAACUGUGAAGUUUGGUGGAGGGGGGAUUAUGGUGUGGGGUUGAUUUUCAGGAGCUGGGCUUGGUCCCUUAGUUCCAGUGAAAGGAACUCUGAAUGCUUCAGCAUACCAAGAGAUUUUGGACAAUUCCAUACUCCCAACUUUGUGGGAACAGUUUGGGGAUGGCCCCUUCCUGUUCCAACAUGACUGCGCACCAGUGCACAAAGCAAGGUCCAUAAAGACAUGGAUGAGCGAGUUUGGUGUGGAAGAACUUGACUGGCCUGCACAGAGUCCUGACCUCAACCCGAUAGAGCACCUUUGGGAUGAAUUAGAGUGAAGACUGCGAGCCAGGCCUACUCGUCCAACAUCAGUGUCUGACCUCACAAAUGCACUUCUGGAAGAAUGGUCAAAAAUUCCCAUAAACACACUCCUAAACCUUGUGGAAAGCCUUCCCAGAAGAGUUGGAGCUGUUAUAGCUGCAAAGGGUGGGCCGACGUUAUAUUAAACCCUAUGGAUUAAGAAUGGGAUGUCACUUAAGUUCAUAUGCGCCUAAAGGCAGAUGAGCGAAUACUUUUGGCAAUAUAGUGUAUAUAUAUGUAUAUAUUAUCUUUUUUUUUCUUUAGAUUUUGGAGUGAAAUACAAUAUGACCGGGACAUUUUCUUGGGUAGGUUUUGUGAAAUUCACAGAGGCAGCAUUUAGUUUGCAUGAAAGCUAGCACAUGACAUUCUGUGAGGUCAUCAUUAUUCUAACCCCCCCCACACACACACUCUUUGAUGAGAUCACAAGAACGUACAAACUCCUGUCAACCUCACCAUGCACACCUGAAAGCUACAUGCUGCGUGCGCGAUUCUGGCAUUCCCGAUCAGACAUUCAGAGACUGUUAACGUUUUUUCCCAACUGCUGCUUUCAAAACAAAUAUUUGUUGAUAAAAGAAAAAAAAAAAAAAAAAACUUUUUUAGCUAUUUGCAAGAUGUCUGAAAAAUUAUGUCAACUGCCUUGUUUUCUAUAAGUAAAAGAACAAAAAAACAAAGUUGCAUGUUAAAGUAUGUUUUAGUUUUGUAUAGAUAAUCUUAUUUGGGGUGGGGGGGGAGGGUCUGCUAGUUUUGGACUCAGAACUGCAAAAAUGGUUUCCAUUUGGACCUAAAUCAAAAGCAUUUUUUGGGCAAUACCAUAACGCUCCAUGUAGUGCAGUGGUUUUCAAACUUUCAAUGUGUUGCUAGGUCAAAAUACUUCAAAUAAAUAGUUAUACUGAAAUAAUUUAAUUAGAAUGUUAAAACCGUUAAAACUCGCAUUGACUUUUUUUUUUUUUCCAAACCAUGGCAAACAAAAUUUAUCAUUUUUUAUUUUGUUCUCUCAAUUGUCAGCGGAUUUAAAAUGUUUGUUGGCAAAUUCUGAUAUUUUCUCAUGUUAAAGGAAUGUGCUGUGUUCAAUACAACUUAAGUUCAUUGAACAGCAUCUGUGGCAUAAUGUUGAUUACCACAAAAAAUAAUUUUGAUUCUUCCCUCAAAAAGCAAAAAUCAUGGUUACAGUAAGUCGUUUACAAUGGAAGUAAACGGGGCCAGUUCAUAAACAUUUAAUUACAGAUUGUUUCAAAAGUAGACACAAGCCGUAAACAUUAUACAUGUUAACAUGAUUUUAAUGUGAUAAAAUCGCUCACUAACCUUAUCUGUGUUAAGACAUGUUGAAAAUUACAACUUGUUGCAAUAACCCUGCAAGCAAUUUUAUCAUCCUGAAAUCAUGUUAACAUACAUAAUAUUUACAUUUUGUGGCUAUACUUUUGAAACAAUGAUUACGUUUACAUGGAUACCAGAAAGCGGCUUAUUGCGAGAAAGCAGCAUUCCUGUUUACAUGCACUGUAAAAGCGGCAGUUUUCUCCACAGCAAGAUAAUUUUCCCGGAACACUUGUGUAAAUAACAGAUGUGGGAUAUGCAGAAGACUUUGCUAUUUUAUUCUCCGUUGCUUCGCCUUAUUUCUAGAUAUUCUUGAGUUGUUGCUGUUUGUUUCCUUCACUUUCUAUCGCGACCUACAGCAGAAUUGUGCUACAAUAGUGGGGUUUACCUCUUACGUAAAACUCUGUGAUUCCCCCAAUCUACAAGUGCAUAUGCGGAGGUGAGGGACAGUCGCUGUUUUACAUUGGUGUGUAUAAAUGGGAAUGGUUUAUAGUGUAUGUGAUUUUCCCACAGUACUCCCAGAAAUGUUGAAUUAUUUCAGUUGUUGACGUUGUUGGGCUCCAUCCUAUGACACUUGUUAUCCCGAUCUGUUCCUUGCACGCGCACUCUUCAAACACCCAUCAGGAUGCCGGUUAUGCGUUUACAUGACCACAUUAAGCCGUGUUUUCUGAGAGAAACCUAGGUGUGUUAAACCGCUUUCUCUUAAUCCCUUAAAUAGCGCAAGGAAUCAGCGUUCUUGUUUACAUGACGUUUCAGAAUGCCACUUUCUGCUAAAACCCUGGAAUAAACAGUUUUGUACAAGUGCAUGCAAACGUGGUCAGUUUAUAUUUUAAUGUUUAUGGACUGGUCCCAUUUAAUUCCAUAUUAAGCAACUUGGGACAAGGGACCAGUCAAAAUUAUUUUUCGUGGAAAUCAUGCUACAAAUGCUUUUGUUUUUGCUUAACUUAUAUUAAACCCGGAACAGUCCUUAAAGUUUCCUUUAAAUGUUAACUACAGAAAAUUAUUGAGAAUAAUCACAAUUAUUUUAAUAUAUUGACAGCCCUAGUUAUCUGUUCAUGAAACAUUUGAAAACAAGCACUUUUGUCAUUAUUUCAGCAGAAGUGCAAGACGAGGUGUAGUGGGACAGGCCUGAUCGGACAUGCCAAUGUAAAAAUCCUCCUAAGUAUCUGUUAACCUGAGCGGAAUGCUUUGAGGUUGCAUAAAACGGGUGUAGGUUUUCACAUCCAGCAACCUUUCCGCCCCAACAUUUCCGCCCCAACAUCUGAGACAAAACUAAAACAAGUGAAACAAACAAUCAAAGAGAGGUGUUUUGUUUAUUUUAAUAGCCAGCUAACAGAACACAAAGACUCUGAGAUGUUUUAUAGCAUGUGUGUAUGGGCUUCUACUCCAACCCCCCCCCGCCCCGAGUCUGUCCUCCUUGGCAAAGAUUCAUUCACAGUUUGUGUGUGCUCUCUCUCUCUCUCUCUCUCUCCCUCACCCACCGCCCUCACUUCCCCAUAUAUCUCAGUUUCUCUAUCCAGCCAUGAAAAAAAGACCAAAAAAAGAAAGAAGAUAUUUACAAAUGCUAGCCUAUGCUGAUGUAAAGAAACGCGAGUCAGGGCCAAAUGUAUGGUGUCAUGCAUUUGUUCAAGGGAUUGUUCACCCAAAAAUUGUAGGCGUACUAUCCCUUUAAGCUCGGCUUGAGCUCCUAGGUUGGUUUGCGACUGAUCGUGUGAUGUGGCAAUAGUACACGCUGACUGGCUCACUUUGAUACCACAACAACUGUAUGUGACGGAGAUGAUGGGAUUCCAAAGGGUCUUUGAAGCAGGAAGUUGCUUCAGUUGACCCAUACCGCCGGCUCUUGUAUUGUUUGACCUGGAUGUAUCUGACGCCCUAUGCGCCUAUAGCAUGCCCAAGCAUGCCCAGUUCUUUUAACUCUCUUUCUCCUUCUAUCAUUUAGUUCUUUACUUUUCCUGGGGGUCUGUUUUCUUUUUUGAAAUAUAUGGAGAAAAUAAUGAAAGUGUUUGAAAUUAAGCUCUUGUCUUGUGGUUAU